CUCCCCAGAGAAGGGUGUCCAGCUCCUCCCGGGGCUGCCCGCCCGUGGCUCCUUCCCUGCCCACCUACUAUGAAGAGCGACUCCUCCCACCUGCCCAUAAAAGCCAAGUGCAUGUUACCAGCACCGGAUCAGAGCCCUUUCCUGGUCGUCUCCUGUGGGAGCCCCCAGCCUCUCUCCUGGACCUUACGUGCUCAAGUCGCUGUUCCGGACGUGCAGCAGCAUCUGGUGAAGAGACAGAAGCCAGCCCCAGGCGUGCCGCAGGAAGGCACGGGCUAGGACGCUGGUCCUGAUUCCACAGGCAGCCACGUCUAAAUGUGAUGGCCGCACCGCCUGCCCCCCUGCAGCUGCUGGGAGUGCUGCUUACCAUUUCCCUGGUCUCCAUCAGGCACAUUCAGGCCGGUGCCUACUAUGGAAUCAAGCCGCUGCCUCAAAUUCCUCCUCAGAUCCCACCGCAAAUCCCACAGUACCAGCCCCUGGGCCAACAAGUACCUCACAUGCCUUUGAGCAAAGAUGGCCUUACCAUGGGCAAGGAGCUGCCCCACAUGCAGUAUGGCAAAGAGUAUCCACAUCUACCCCAAUAUAUGAAGGAAGUUCAGCCAAUGCCAAGAAUGGGCAAGGAAGCAGCUCCCAAGAAAGGCAAAGCAGAAAUUCCAUUAGCCAGUUUACGAGGGGAACAGGGUCCCCGCGGAGAGCCUGGCCCAAGAGGACCCCCUGGGCCUCCUGGUUUACCGGGUCACGGGAUACCUGGAAUCAAAGGAAAACCAGGCCCACAGGGAUAUCCAGGCAUUGGAAAGCCGGGUAUGCCCGGGAUGCCAGGAAAGCCCGGGGCCAUGGGAAUGCCCGGGGCAAAAGGCGAAAUUGGACCCAAAGGGGAGGUUGGGCCCAUGGGAAUCCCAGGACCACAAGGACCUCCAGGGCCUCACGGACUUCCUGGCAUUGGGAAGCCAGGCGGACCUGGGUUACCAGGGCCACCAGGUGCAAAGGGUGAGAGAGGACCCAAAGGACCACCAGGACCCCCAGGCCUUCAGGGUCCGAAAGGAGAGAAGGGCUUUGGGAUGCCAGGCCUGCCGGGCCUGAAGGGUCCUCCCGGGAUGCACGGGCCUCCCGGCCCCGUCGGACUUCCAGGGGUGGGCAAACCAGGGGUGACAGGCUUCCCUGGGCCCCAGGGCCCCCUGGGAAAGCCAGGUCCUCCAGGUGAACCUGGGCCACAAGGCCCGGUUGGGAUCCCAGGGGUUCAAGGACCUCCCGGGAUACCUGGAGUUGGAAAACCGGGCCAGGAUGGGAUCCCUGGCCAGCCGGGAUUUCCAGGCGGCAAAGGGGAGCAGGGACUGCCGGGGCUGCCGGGACCCCCGGGCCUUCCAGGAGUCGGGAAACCAGGCUUCCCAGGACCCAAAGGCGACAAGGGCAUUGGAGGUGUUCCUGGGGCUCUGGGACCAAGAGGGGAGAAAGGGCCAAUAGGUGCCCCUGGAGUGGGGGGUCCCCCAGGAGAGCCGGGCCUGCCUGGAAUCCCAGGUCCUAUGGGCCCUCCAGGUGCCAUUGGUUUUCCUGGACCCAAAGGAGAAGGUGGGGUUGCAGGGCCACAGGGGCCACCAGGUCCCAAGGGUGAGCCGGGGCUUCAAGGCUUCCCAGGAAAGCCAGGUUUCCUUGGUGAAGCAGGGCCCCCUGGCGUACGGGGUUUGCCAGGUCCCAUAGGGCCCAAGGGGGAGGCUGGGCAUAAAGGUUUACCGGGGCUCCCCGGUGCUCCAGGACUGCUUGGACCAAAGGGAGAACCUGGGAUUCCAGGGGAUCAGGGUUUACAGGGCCCCCCGGGCAUCCCCGGUAUUGCUGGCCCUAGUGGCCCCAUUGGACCACCUGGAAUUCCAGGACCCAAAGGGGAACCAGGCCUCCCGGGGCCCCCUGGGUUCCCUGGAGUAGGGAAGCCAGGAGUAGCAGGGCUUCACGGCCCCCCAGGAAAGCCUGGUGCCCUGGGUCCUCAAGGCCAGCCUGGCCUUCCAGGGCCCCCAGGCCCUCCAGGCCCCCCAGGCCCCCCAGCUGUGAUGCCCCCUACUCCGCCUCCCCGUGGAGAAUUUCUGCCAGAUAUGGGGCCGGGAAUUGAUGGAGUGAAACCCCCUCACGCCUACGGGGCUAAGAAAGGCAAGAACGGAGGGCCAGCCUACGAGAUGCCUGCAUUUACCGCGGAGCUGACUGCACCUUUCCCGCCUGUGGGGGCCCCGGUGAAGUUUGACAAGCUGCUCUACAAUGGCAGACAGAACUACAACCCACAGACGGGCAUCUUCACCUGCGAAGUCCCAGGCGUCUACUACUUUGCGUACCAUGUUCACUGCAAGGGGGGCAACGUGUGGGUUGCUCUGUUCAAGAACAAUGAGCCCAUGAUGUACACCUACGACGAGUACAAAAAGGGCUUCCUGGACCAGGCGUCGGGGAGCGCGGUGCUGCUGCUGAGGCCCGGAGACCGGGUGUUCCUCCAGAUGCCCUCGGAGCAGGCCGCGGGACUGUAUGCCGGGCAGUACGUCCACUCCUCCUUUUCAGGAUAUUUAUUGUAUCCCAUGUAAAAAAGAAAAGAAAGAGAGAUUUAAUAGAAGAAAAUAAAAUGAUGCACCAAAAAGUCCAAAUGGAAACCAUAAUUGCUUCAAAACAUUUAUAUAGUUGGAAAGUUAUAUUUAAGUGAAAAGUUGAACCAUCAUGUACAAAUCAAAGUUAAGAUGCAUGUUUAAUGCUCUGCACAGCAUCUUGUCAUGGAAAAUGAUGGGACAGAUGUUAUGUAUCAAGUGCUGACACUUGUGUUGUACCCACUGGAAUCAUAUUAGCUGUUGUAUGUUAUGUGCUUUCAUGAUAACCUGCUUAUUCAGAUCAGUCAAAAUACUCCAGUAUGGAAGAGCAUAGCUAAUGAAAGUCUCUCACUCAUAUUGUUUACUUUAAAAUAUUUAUAAAUAUGGCUUAAGGAAAGGUCACUGAUGACAUUUAUAUACCGUAUUUACUUGCAUCAUUUCCUCUGUGUCUGUGCAGAUCCUUUGCCGUGGGACGUGGGGAGGAGUUCCGCAGUGCAAGCCCCAUGGGAGGGGGCGGUGGGAGGGGCACGGCAGGGCUUUAGUUGCAAGGGCUGUUUCUCUCCUGCCAGAGGCUGUGUCCUUUGGGAACAGGAGUUCUACUCAGAACUUCGUGUCUAGUGUCUCUAGAACCAACCAGGCGCUGUGUACGUAUUCAGUGCCUUCUCUGUGCCUAGCCCUGGGGGAGACACUUUUGUGGGGCAUGAGACAGUGCCCUACAAGCAGCUAAGAACCAGCUGGGAGACACGAGCAGUAAUUAACUCAUUUAUUUCUCAUCGGUCUAUUUUCCUUCUUCUUUCUUUUUUUCUUCCCUCUAUGUAAUUUUCACUGUGGCCCAAGUAACAUAAAUAUCUAGAAGUGAUAAGAAAAAAAAUAACCCCCUUCCCCCAUAACUUUCCAAUUUUGUGGAAUGCUUAUUAUUAAUAGCAAUUAUUGUAUUUACAUAAAUAUAAAAAUCCCCUCCUCUGCCCACACACACAAACGAGGGGGAGAGCAAUAUAUUUCAGUAGUUGGUGGGUUUCAGAGAAAUUCCCCUGUGUAGUACACAUGCAAAUUGGUGUGUUAUCUGAUGUGCCAAAGUCAAUUUGCAAAAUCCCAGCCAAUCUUUAUUUGUGGGGUGGGGAGGAGAGUGUAGAUUUUCAGAAUUACAUAGGAAAAUAUUCAUUUUCAAAAGGUAAUUUCUGAAGUUUUGCAUUUAAAAGGAGAUAUACUACUUCCUGGUGGGGUUACUAAAAUGAGAGGAAAAGACCUGUUUCUUUAGAAGCAAUCUCUGGAAGAACUUCUGGAACGUCGAAGGGCAGUAUUAGCCCUUGCUUUUCAUGUCACCCCACACUCAGCACAAAGCGAGAGUCAGUAAAAACUUAAAGGGAGAAGUAAAUGUUGUUCCAGGUUUUCACUUAGGUGCAUAUUAACUGUUUCUGGCAUUCAAAUCUGGAUUCAAAACACAAAGUAUUUUGACUCAGUGUUGAGUCUACAGCUGUCACUAAGCCACUGGGGACACUGUGGUGUUAUGGUGGUGGCUUCUUGUAUCUUUUCCAUAAUAUUAAGAAUGAGGAGUUGAGGGGAUAGUUGCAGAUGGAGAAUGACACAAAUAAAUACGGUAUAAAUGCACAUGGAAAUGUGUCUAUGUCAAAUCUGAAUCACUUUAACCAUCAAGAAAAGUCUCCUCAACCCAAUAUCUGUCUCUUCCCUUAUAAGGUAUCUGAGCCCUAUUUCUUCUCAAUUUCUUAAAAAGAGAAAUGAGUUCAUUACCACAGGGUUUCUUCUUCACUGCUAAUUGUGUGACAAAAUUUCCCCAUCAAAAAAAAAUACAUCCCAUCCAACCUUCAUUUUCAAAGCAGAGAGAAUUUAUGCAGCCAAAUGUACUUCGGGUUGGCCUUGAGGAUGCUAGUUUGGGGCUGGUGACCCAGGGCAGUGUGGCUCCACUGGGCUGCUGCUGAACAGCUGCGUUGAAGUGACAAGUCAGGUCGACUGGUGUGUAAAACCAUAUUUGUCUGUACAUGUAUGGGCUUUGCAUUUCCACCAAGCAAGACAGACAGUACCUUAAUUUAGUUAAAACCAAAUUUCACUUUUCAAAAUACCUUCCAACUUAUUUAUUGGUUGCUACUUGCCUAUAUGUGUGUGUGUGUGUGUGUGUGUGUGUAUACUGUCGGGCAUCUGCUCCUAACUGUUAGACAGGGAGGAGCAGACUCUAUGCCAGAUACUGUGUAUUCUACAAUGGUGCUAAUCUCAGAGCAAAUGAAUUAUUCCAUUUAAUUUAAAAACAAGAGUUUUAAAUAAUUAUCUAUGUGUCUGUGUUUCUCUUUUGAGUGCUGCGCGUCGUGGGAACACAUCAAAGUCUAGGGAUAGUAUUAUAAUCCUUGUUUAGUUAAAAAUUAAUUAAAACUUCUUCAUGUAAAAAGGACCCAGCUGGUAUUAUUGCUAUUUAAGUAUGGAGUUUUAAGCAGUAUGACAUCCCAGAAAAGGAAAACAAAUGUUUGCGGGGGGUGACCGUUCUCCAAUACUUCACAGAAUACCAUGAGCAGUGAACAGCCUGGUAACUUUUUUGAGUUUCCAUGAUAGAUUUGACAUUUUUUAACAGCAAAUCAUUCUUGUAUUUAAAUUUUUGUACUGAUUUGAAAAAAAGUCUUAUU